AUGCCUACAAUAAUUCGUCAACGAACAGAUAUAAUUGAUUUGAGGCCAUUACGAUUUGAUGGACCUAAAGCCCAUGGCUAUCGUUGGAAAAUGAUAGCUCUGUUAGACCUAAAUGAAUAUGGCGAGUUUGUUUUACCUAACUCUCAGACAGUGGUUGAUGUUGGCCUUCUUCCUUGGCCAAGAGAACCUGAUGGUGUUCCACCAGCCGGUUAUGAACAUUGUGGCUGCAUAGGUUGUGAGAAUAAAUCCUAUGCAGACCACAUUCUGAAGAAUAUGGACGAAGAUGAUGACCCUGCUGCUGGUAACAUCUAUUUGGAAGAAGUUUAUGUUGAUUCGGAAGAUGAAAGUGAUGACGAUGACGACACUUCAUCAAUAGUUGAUGAAAAUGAUGAUGAAAAUGAUGAUGAUGCUUGUGUACCACGGUCCACACUUUCACCAUUCACAUCGAAUCCAUGCGAAUCAGAUGAUUGGGAAAUUUAA